AUCGCUCCGACCACACGUCGCGGCGCAACGCAAACCGCUAUAUCGACACGUGCAUCGCGCAACCCUAUUUUGUUGUUCUAAUUUUUAAAAGUGCAGUGGACUUGUUAUUGCCGGAAUUCACUAACAUUCACUAUAUCCAAUAACUAAAACUAGUGCAGUGAAAAGCAUAACGACGUAAAGUGUAUUAUGUGCGGUGAGCGCGCGGCCGCCGCGGACCGAAGGUGACAUUUGUGCCGUGACAUACAUGCGGGCGCGAUGAUCGUGUGGCGUAAGAACACUAGCCGACGGAAACACGCCGCCUGGUCAAACAUGGCAUCAGACAUCGCAUCACAUAUACCAAGGACGACGUUCGUAUGGAUAAUCUUAGCAAUAGCAAAUUCAAGAGCGAGAGCGGGGGAGCUAUGGCCGAUGGAGCGGCCGGACGGGAUGCCGGUCAUACAGUCUCUAGAAGUGAUGUGCGGGAAGGACCACAUGGAUGUACACUUAACGUUCUCACAUCCCUUCGAGGGGAUCGUUUCAUCUAAGGGUCAGCACGGCGACCCGCGGUGCGUGUACGUGCCGCCUUCCACGGGCCAGACGUACUUCUCGUUUCGGAUCGCGUACGCCAAGUGCGGGACCAAGCCUGACCUCCACGGGCAGUUCUACGAGAACACAGUGGUAGUUCAGUACGACAAAGACCUGCUGGAAGUGUGGGACGAGGCCAAGAGACUGCGAUGCGAGUGGUUCAACGACUACGAGAAGACCGCCUCGAAGCCGCCCAUGGUGAUAGCUGAUUUGGACGUGGUGCAGUUGGAUUUCAGAGGUGACAACGUGGAUUGUUGGAUGGAGAUCCAAGCGGGCAAAGGGCCGUGGGCUCCACCAGUCUCCGGAAUAGUCCCUCUGGGGUCCACUCUAACCCUCGUCGUGGCCAUCAACGAUUAUCGAGGAGAGUUCGAUAUGCGGGUGAAAUCGUGUGCAGCCUCCGAUGGCUCCGGCCACCUCAUACAGUUGUCGGACGAGUAUGGCUGCGUUUUGAGACCUAAGAUGAUAUCAAGGUUCCUCAAAGCCAAAGCAGCGGAUGAGCGAGCAACCGUCAUCACCUACGCCUUCUUCCACGCGUUCAAGUUUCCCGACGCUCUCAGUGUGCACAUCAGAUGCAAAGUGGAAAUAUGCAGACACGGCUGCUUGGACCAUUGCCAGCUGGCAGGAGUUGCCAACCAAAGGCAUGGGGCGCUGGACAGGAAAGAUGACAGGACGCAUCAAGACCACAAUGAGAUCAACGAUUCGUCAGCCGAAGACGCCGACUUCAACUUCUCAGAAGAGCCUCAACGACUGCCAUUAGAAGAGGCGUUCGGCGACGAAGUGUCGGGAGAUGCGGUGCCGGCGCCCGCGCCGCUUCCACAAAGGGCGCCGGCGCCGGUCAUAGAGCCGGAGAGCGACCACAUGUCUGCUGUGCAGGAGCUGGUUGAGGCUCUGUUUCUGCUAGAAGGCGAGGUGUCAAUAGAUGUGAUGCCGGCGCCCGCGCCGCUUCCUCAAAGGGCACCGGCGCCGGUCAUAGAGCCGGAGAGUGAUCAUAUGUCCGCUGUGCAGGAGCUGGUGGAAGCUCUGGCCAGACCUUUCACUCAUUUUAGUGUAGAAGUAAAGGGUCUGCUAGAAUGUGAAGAGUCAGGAGACGCGGAAAGAGUGUCGGCGCCGGUCAUAGAGCUGGAGAGCGACCACAUGUCUGUUGUGCAGGAGCUGGUAGAGGCUCUGGCCAGGCCUUUUACUCUAGAAGUAUGGGGUCUGCUAGAAGGUGAACUGUCAGGAGACGCGGUGCCGGCGCCCGCGCCGCUUCCACAAAGGACGCCGGCGCCGGUCAUAGAGCCGGAGAGCGACCACAUGUCCGCUGUGCAGGAGCUGGUCGAAGCUCUGGCCAGGCCUUUCACUUUAAGUCACUAUAAAGGUGAAGUGUCAGGAGACGCGGUGCCGGCGCCCGCGCCGCUUCCUCAAAGGGCGCCGGCGCCGGUCACAGAGCCGGAGAGCGACCACAUGUCUGCUGUGCAGGAGCUGGUAGAAGCUCUGGCCAGGCCUUUUACUCUAGAAGGCCAAGUGUCGGGAGACGCGAUACCGGUGCCCGCGCUGCUGACGCAACGGGCACCGGCGCCGGUCAUUGAGCCGGAGAGCGACCACAUGUCUGCUGUGCAGGAGCUGGUCGAAGCUCUGGCCAGGCCUUUCACUGAGACGCGGUGUCAAAGGACGCCGGCGCCGGUCAUAGAGCCGGAGAGCGACCACAUGUCUGCUGUGCAGGAGCUGGUUGAGGCUCUGGCCAGGCCUUUCACUCAUUUUAGUGUAGAAGUAAAGGGUCUGCUACAUGGCGAAGUGUCAGGAGACGCGAUACCGGCGCCCACGCUGCUGACGCAACGGGAACCGGCGCCGGUCAUUGAGCCGGAGAAUGACCACAUGUCCGCUGUGCAGGAGCUGGUAGAGGCUCUGGCCAUGCCCUUCACUGACCGCCCAUCAGAUCUCACCGACCGCGAGCGUUUCCCGCACGGUCCCCGUAACCUAGGAUCCGACGCUAAAAUCGUUCCCACCGGCGACACAGUAGUCCCGGCCAAACCCCCAGGCCCAGCUGUAGCCGGUCCCAGGUCUUUGAGAAAGAGACGAACGGUCAGGGAGGGCAGGUCUGCAGAUGUGGGCGUUUCCGGGAUAUAUGAGGUCGUGUCCGAGGCGGAUCUGGCGUUUGGACCGUCAAGGGAACCGGUGACGGUGUUUAGCGGACGGAUUCGGGAAGAAGUGGUAUACGGAAUCUGCAUGGGCGCCGUCAGUUUCGGCGCGCUAUUCGCGUCAGCCGCCGGCGCGGCAGCGGGAGCGGCGCUAGCGGCCGCCGUCUUACUGCAGCGGCUGCGCUCGCGCCUCGCUUGUGCUCCACCCGCUCCACCAGCACCCGCCGCCCAUUCAUUAGCGGCCUGGAUGGCUUUGAGGCUACUAGGAGAGCCGGCGCCACACCCUCAUCAUUCUAGGGACGGCUGAAGAGGAUUGGAUCGAUCGAGGUCACGCACACACUAAAAUAUUUUAUGAAAAUUUGAAAAUUACCCUCAACAUUAUCAUUGUGACAUUUCUAAUAUCAAAUCAGUGACGUGACGUCAAAAAUUGCAAUCGAAUGUAGUUAGCGUAAGGUCAUUGCGUUAAAACAAUACAAUAAGCAGUGCAGUGCUACAGCGGCUGCGCUCGCGCCUCGCUUGUGCGCCACCCGCUCCACCAGCACCCGCCGCCCAUUCAUUAGCGGCCUGGAUGGCUCUGAGGUUAUUAGGGGAGCCGGCACCACACCCUCAUCAUUCUAGGGAUGGCUGAAGAAGAUUGGAUCGAUCGAGGUCACGCACA